AUGAUCAUUGUUCUCUGCCACUGGUACCCGAUCCAAAUAAUUUCCAUCGUCAUUCUCAGGAGAGUCGUGAUUCUCACUCCAACUGGUCUCAAGCAAAUGCAAGCCUUACAGGAAACUAUUGUAACGCUUCGUGCAGAGAAUGCAGUUCUGCUGGCCUCUCGAGAUUCAUACCAAGAUGCAUAUGACAAACUUGUAGCCUCACUUCGGCUGAUUCAAGUCGGAACUCCAUCAGAGCCUGGCACCACUACCGAGCAUCCUGUCAUUCUGCAGCCUAUGACAUUAACGCUCCCUCCUCAGCUCAAUAAAUCGGACUACCCCAAUGUCAGGUUUUGGACGCACAAGAGCUUCAAGGUCUACGACAAGAGUGCGAAUGCGCAGUCUACAGACCGCGGUGCAUUUCCAUUCCUCGAAGAUAAGGACGGUCAUCCACUAUCAGAAGAUCAUGUUGCUGCCAUUGGGCAGGCAAUGCGGGCAAUCUGGCAUGGCUUCAAGUCGCGUCACAUUGCACCUGUCACUUGGGGGGGUGCGAGCUCUGCUGUUAAGAAUGAGUUCAUUGCAGAGAUGGUGAAGGCACAUCCCGAGGUGGGAUUCUGCGAACACUAUUGGAAGAUUAACGCAUUGGCUACGGCACGUUAUUCGUCUUGGAAGCAGUCAUACUUGACUGACUCUGAGGGGAUUCAAUCGGAGGCUAAAUUGGACAAUUUGUCGCGCAAGAAACGCAAGUCGUUGAAAGUGAAAAUCUCCGAUGACGACUCUGAACGUGCCAUGAAGAGGCUCAGGGUUGGCGACUCCGAGGACUCCGACGGCAGCAUUAUAUUGUCGCCCACUAUCAGUGGCAACUUGAUAGACUACGAGACAUCAACUUCAUCCCCCCAUGAUACCACUGCAUCCACGCCCUCUGAAUAUCCUGCAAGCACAAGCACAUCGGACACAGACCCAUCCACUACCACGAACACUUCCAGCUCCAACACUUCCAUUAGCAUGAACGUAUCCACUACCACAAACACUUCCAGCUCCAACACUUCUAUUAGCAUGAACGUAUCCAAGGACAUUUCUAUACUUACAAACGCAUCCAACGAUGGCAUUCCCACAGUCGCAAACUCAUCCAAUAAAGCUACUCUCAUAUUCACGAACACAUCCGACAAUGACUCUCCUGCAGCAUGCAUGUCUACCGCACCGGGUACCGUUCCCGACUCUACCAUUUCCGACUCUACCAUUUCCGACUCUACCAUUCCCAAUGCCAUUCCCGAUGCAAAGCGCACAGCGAGGAUUAUUAUUAAGAAUCCUCUUGCAGCAUUCAUGAAUAGUAACGCGACUCCGAUGACGACUCUGGCAGUUUCUACUACGGCUGUCUCAGAUCCUCCUACUACCAUCCCCCCUGCCAUACCUGCAUCAAACUCGGGCUCCAGUGAGCCGAAGCCUGUGGCACCAUCAGGACCCAUGAUUGCAAAGAAGAUGCGGCCAGGUAACACGAAGAACGGCAGGAACCUUUGUGCGCAUCGGUGGUUGAAGCAAACAAAUCCGUCAGGCUCUUCUGCAGAAUUCAAGACGUACUGGGACUGCUUGAGUGCCGAACAGAUAUCGAAAUAUAGUGCAGAGUGCGCACAAUUGAUUGCAGAUGGGAUGUGGACGCAUUGCAAUGCUACGAACAUCGCGAAGUUGUCGGGUGGUAUAUCUGGUCAGCAAGAGGAGAAUGAUUAG